AGCAAGGAAGAGGAGGAGCGUCUGUACUUAGCAAAGCGUUAUUUGUUACCAGAGAAUAUUCUUCAAUUACAAACAUUUCAACAGAGCAAGUUACAAGUUGCACAGAAAAGGUAUGGUGAAAAAGAUAUAUUUUUCAAAACACUGGAAGAAAAGUUAAAAAAUCAUAGGAUCAUUCUUAAAGAUGAACUGAAAACAUUACUACAUUUGUGUCAAUCGAAAAGUGAUGUGGAAAUAGCCAAAAAGGUUCUUUACAGGUACCAUGAAGAGAACAAAAAUAUGCUAUUUCAGGAGUUCAGAUUUGGUCCUGUUUUUAUGAGGCUAUGUUAUGAACUGGACCUCGAAGAGCUUGGCUUGGAACUCAUCAAAGACCAGGCUCUCAGUGGCUUCUUUCAAGACAGCACCUCAUUCAAUAUUCUGAUGGAUAUCCUAUUUAUGAAAGGUCAUUAUGAAAGUGCUCUGGAAGUACUCUCAGAAAUGAAGCGACAAAAUAUAAAAUUCAACAGAGAAACCUAUUUGCUUGCAUGUGCCAUAUGCUACAAACUGAACAGUGCAGAAUCUUGCAGGAUCUGUGCUACACUGCUUGAAGGCACAGCGCUCAAAGGAUUUUCUGUGCCAAGAAGGGGUUACUACUUCGUAGUGGCACUCUUUUUAAAACAGGAUGAUGUUGCAAAAGCUCGCUUGUACUAUUCCCAGAUCAUGGACAGAAGUAGUCAAUUGUGUCACAAUUUGAAUAUUCUUCUUCAGGCUGCAUCUGGAGACACAUACAAACUCAUCGAAACAUUGGAAAAUACUCUAGAUUGCAAUACUCCACAUUUUGUGAGAAAAGUUAAAUUCUCUAUGGAAGUGCUGCAGGUAGUCAGAGAGAAGCUGGACAAUUGCCCAGACGUUUGGGACAAGUUUGAAAGUGUCUUUACCAAACUGCAAGAAUUGGGACAAAUAACGCCUCAGACUCUGGAUGACCUAUUGUGUUGCACACCGGGACUGAGGAAGCAUGACUCUCCAUUUUUGAGACAAAGGGAAAUGAGACGACGGGCUCAACGUUCUCUCAGUUCUACACUCUUAUCUGAGUAGAUCCUGCCUCUGGACUGUGACCUUCCCUGUUAGAAUUUGUGCUCAAUAAAGUAUUUUUCAUGUUAAGAAAGGUGAUUUCCAUUUAACCUGUUUUCCUGGAUGAAAUUUGAGUCUCCAAAGAAGCUCAUAAGAAUUAAGAAUCAAUAUAUACUCAGUAAAUAAUCUGAAAAGUCCUUGAAAAGUCAAAAGUAGCCAAUUUUUAAAGAAGUUUGGUUGACCUCCAGUAGACAGUAGAGCUUGCCACUUCCCAUCAAGGGAAAUACCCCAGAAGGAGCUAUCUGCUUCCCCAACUGUGUUUUUAACUGUAGAGGAGAGAAGAAACACCAGCUUAGUCCUGCCAGAGGGUUGAGAACCAGAAAUAGAAAUGUCUAUCCUAACCCUCCUUUGGUCCUGUUGAACAUCUGAUUAAAUUAGAAGUGGGGAAACUUUGGCCCUCCAGACAUGUUUGGGCUUACAACUUCUAUCUGUUAAAACAUUUUUAUUC